AACCCAUCAGAGCAAGGAGGGAGAAGCAAAUAACAUCAGCUGCAUUUUAAAAACAUCUGCUACCUUGCUGCUGCGAGAAACAAAAAACGCAAAUCAUUAGUAAAUUCACUCGAAAAGGUUUCCGGAGUUCCACUAAAGCACGAAUGAGCAGUUCGCAGGAUGCUUCCGGCACCGAUGGGGCCGCUGCUGGUGGCAAUGGAGACAAGCAGUGCGGCUCGACGGGUGGAACGCCAAGAUUGGCUAAAAAGACGAAUGUUUGUCUAAUCUGUGGCAUCUACACCAACUUAUCUUUGAAUAUUUUCGAGCCUCGGAGUGGUCCCAACAUACGUGAAGUUAUCUACCAGAAGUAUAAUUUUCGGGCCGAGCGCGGAGACAACGUGGAUAAAUAUAUUUGCUACAGCUGUAACAACUGGUUGAUCAAUUGGUACUCACUGCAGCACAUGUCAGAGACCCGGAACUGUGACUCCACUCCUUCAUCCAGUCGUUCGCAGUCGGAAAACGAAAAUAAACGUUCAAAAAACCAGCGCUCUCAACCGCAGUCCACCUCAAAAUCCAACCGGAACAAGGAGAAUCUUGAACAGUGUAACCAGAUAUCAUCUACGGUGGCAGACUCGCCAAAACGAAAGUGUAAGCGGUCUCCCCGUAACAUUUUGAAAGAAUCUCUUCUGCAGCAGAAAUCCGACCCAUUUGAAUCGUACCUUAUUGAGAUGUUGGAAAAACAAGGGACAAGUGUAAUCAAAGAAAACGUUUCAGCAAGCGCAACGUUAAAGUCGGCCUCCUUCAAAUCCACACUACCGCGUAAUACCAAUGAAUCCAGAAAACGCGAGGAAACCUCCUCCGGUAGUAGUGACAUUGUACUUAGUUUCAACUCUGCCCUCUCAGAGUUGACAAACAUGAUGCCAUCGCUUGUUAGAUUUCGCCAAACCAAAGAGGAUGAAGACAAACCCUACGUACCCAACGAAGUACAGAAACGAUUGACUCGCUCUCUAUCAAUAUCUCUUGUUAAUAACGUUCCGUUGGACAACAAUUUAACAAAGAAUGAACUUUAAAAUUGGAAAGCUUGAAAAAUGGAACGAUUAUACUCUCGUAUUUGUCGAAACGCAUUCUCAAGUUUCCUAUUACAUAUAAGCUGACCGUUAUAGUUGUAGGUUUCAUUCAAAUAUCCAACGUUAUCGUGUUAAACUUGGAUACAAAGAAGGAUGAGAGAAUGCUCUUUUAUCUUUCAUUAACAAAGUCAAACCAAAAAGUUAAUUUUAGGAAAUUCCAUUAAUUGUAAUACCCACAUAUGCCAUCAUUCAGCCUUGUUUUUGACCUCGACUAUCUAUACCAUAAUUAGUGGUGUAAUGUCUUCAAACAUUGGCAGUUUAAAUCUAGAUUUAUUAGAUUGCGUGUAAGCAAAUAGUUAAAUUUCGAGCAAUCGAUUUUACUCAAAAUACAAUGUUAAGAUCUCAUGCUUCGUAUGAUUAUGAAACCAGCAUUUUAAUAUGUAGUAGAUGUUAGUACACAGUAUCAAGAUAUGCAGAAUAGUUACAAUGGACGCAUAUGAUCAACAGUGCAGUAGAUUAAUACACCCUGUGUCCAGCUAGGCUUGCAUACCGGAAAUAAAUAGAUCUCGUGGUCAAGUCUAAUAGUAAAA